AACUGUAUUUGUCACUGAGGCACAAUGAAAGGAACAGGAAGUAUUUUCCUUCUGUCUGUCUUUCGGUUGCACAUGACUGUCAGCUGGUUUGCGUCACGUGAGCCCAGCACAGCAUUGCGGAAAAGGAAAAAUGUCAGGCUCAAGGAGCUCGAGUAGACUGCCAGUAAUGGCUAUUAUUGGCCUUUUCUUCGCCCUUUUCGCCACACGGAGCUCCGCUGCUCAAGUGCCACUUCUAAUGUGGUCCAGUGACGGUUUACCACCACUGGCCUCACCUGCAGCUGGUCAUAUCACAUCCAAUGAAAAGCUGACUGCCUACCUCACCUCUGCCUUUGGCUCUGGCCCCCACACUGUGCUGCUGUUCCUGCAGGACAAGUUAAGCAAAGAUGACUUCACAGUCUUUGGUGGAGUGUUUGGAAACAAGCAGGACAGUGCCUUUCAAAACCUUGAGGCUGCCAUGCAGUCCUCUUCCUCGUCGGUGACGCUCCCUGCUUUAGAGUGGUCGGACUCUUCUGCCGUCCCGGCUCUGCUGCAAGAGAAGCUUGGUGUCUCGCCUCUGCUCGUCGAUGCCAAUACUCUGUCCCAUCUCAGCGUCAACACAUCUGCCAGCAAUCUGCUGCUUAUCAAUCUUCCCUAUUGUACUGGCUUGGUCAAGUCUUGUAAGGAAGUCUUACAUGAAAAUGAUGAAAUGAUUGGGAAAGUUCUGAGUAUCAUGAAAGAUAAAAAAGUCCCAUACACUGCGAUAUACACAGGACUCCAGCCAUCACGAGGGAUACCAGAGACAUCUUUUUCUAGCCAGCCUGCGGGGCGCUCCCUGCUCCAAGCAGUUGUUCCCGAUGUCAAAGCACCCAUCAUGUUUAAUGGAACCGGCAGUGGCCCUUGCAUAAUGCUUUGGGUUCAGAAUCUGAACGUCAGCCUGUCGAGCACUUCAGGGUGGACGGACCUCGCUGCACAAACGCCUAACUUGGAAGGAUCUCUGUGCAACAACAGCAACUCAAUGCUUGUCCUCAGCUAUACAAACUUUACACUAAGUUUUGCCAUGACUCAGCGGUUCUUCCCUGUGUCUGGACGGAACUGGUUCACCCUGGACACUGUGCAGCUGCGGGCAAACGGCCUAACUGCGUCUUUCAUUGGGAGCCGCAACAUCUACGCCCCUGCAGAGUAUUCUUUCCACUGCCAGUCCGUCACCAGCUUCCGAGAUACUCUGCUAGUGCCAAACAACACAAACCAGAACACCACGCAGUGGAGGCUCAAUUUUGUCGACUUCCAGAUUCAGGGCUUCGGCUUGUCCAACAGAACAGAUUUCUCCUACGCCAGUGACUGUGCAGGCUUCUUCACCCCAGGGAUCUGGAUGGGACUGAUAACCUCUCUGCUCAUGCUAAUAAUUUUCGUGUAUGGUCUGCACAUGAUCAUGCAGCUGAACACCAUGGAUCGAUUCGACGACCCCAAAGGUCCAUCGAUUUCAGUGCCUCAGUCAGAGUGAAGCGCUUCGUGAGACACACACACACACACACACACACACACACACUCCUCAGUCCUUCAGUGCCUGCUAGGAGAGUCCCUCCCUGUCUUGUAGCUUGUGUGCGUUAUGGCCUUUUUCUUUGAAGAGAUUUGUCCGGCAGAUAGAAUUUCUCUCUGAUAACCCCUCUUGUAUAUUUCUCAGCUGAAUCCUUCCACAACUGUCUUUGGGAUACUGUUGUCUUUCAAGGCGCAUUCCAUUUAAUCUCCCCCCAUUUGCAAGUGCCAAAGUGGACGCACCUUUUUACAGGUUGGUUUUGAGUGCACGUGCUAAGAGAUGGUUUUUGUGCCACUGUUGGCUGUUUUCACUGAAAUAAUUAGCAAUAACUUCUCGCACCAGAGAAUGUCUUCUGUGCCAACAUGAAUGUGAUUGCUGGAUGCUGGAGGACCGUUUCAGACCUCAGUUCUUACUUCUUUUUUUCAACUCAACUGUAAUUUAAAGACUACUGCUUAUGAAAGAUGUGCCUGUGUAUAAAGAAUAAAUGGCUAUUUGUAACUGUUUUGGAAUUGCCUUA